UUUAUCUUUCGUAGCGCCAUUCGUGUCCAUGACAACAGGGAACAUGUCAGCCAUGGGGUCCGGGGACGAGCAUGUCGCUGAGGUUAUGAGGGGACUGGUUCGCCACUUAAAUUGCCUAAACGAAGACAACAAAGCGACCAGAAAGAGGGCACUUGAAGCUAUUAAAAAGGAAACCAUCGAAAAAGGACUGUCUGGCGGCGUGCUGCAGGAGGUUUUCUCCUGCCUUCUCAAGCCUCUGCUCAAAUGCAUGUCGGAUCCCAUGGAAAGAUGCAGGGAGACCUCUAUUCUGAUGUUAACCGACUUUAUUCGUUGUGUUCCUCAACCGGAAGACUCGCUCGUCUACCUAAUGCCCUGCCUGACACAGAGGCUGGGGGGAAAGGAGAUCAUUGAGCCAGCCGAGGAGCUUCGGCUGUCUAUCAUGGAGCUGCUUUCUCUCACGGUGGAAGUGUGCGGGAAGCAACUAGCGCCGUAUCUGGACGAUAUGAUCAAGAUAUUACAGGUCACUAUCGUCGACCCGUGUCCUGACGUCAAAAGAGAGAGCUGUAAAUGCACUGUACUCUUUGCAAAGUCUGUGCCAGAGCACUUCCACAUGCAGGCGGAGAGCUUGGUGAAGCCGUUAAUGCAGAGCAUCUCCCACCAGCACUCCAGGGUACGGGUGUCUGUCCUCGAGGCGACCGGGGCUGUGGUCCAACACGGGACGGGGAAGAACGUGGACGAUGUGCUUUCUCACAUGGCACAGAGACUCUUCGACAAUUCUCCACAAGUGCGGAAGUCCGUGACCAUUGUGGUUGGUGAUUGGCUGCUCAACAUGAGAGACAGAUAUUCCUAUUUCCACAAACUCAUCCCACUUCUGCUGAGCAGUAUUACCGACGAGGUCGAUGAAAUAAGACUGCUGGCGGAGGAGCUCUGGAGGAAGACGGGCGAGCAGUGGGAGCGGGAGAACGAGGCCGACAUCAAGGACAAGAUGGACUUCCUCCUGGCUCCGCCCCCCCUCUACCCAGCCGGAGUGGAGCGUCCCGGGCUGGGCUGCCGGGAGCUGGUGGUGAGGAACCUGGGCCGCCUGGUGCCGGCCAUCAGCCAUGACGUCACCGACUGGCUGGUGCCCACGCGGGUCAAGACCUCCCAGCUGCUGCGCGUGCUGCUGCUGCACGCCGAGGACCACUGCACCCAGCACAUGCAGCCCCUCCUGGCCACCCUGCACGUGGCCUGCGGGGACAGCGAGAGAGAGGUGGUGGCCAACUGCCGUGAGGCGGCCAAGCUGCUGGUCUUCGUGCUCCCGGAGGUGUUCCUCCAGCUGCUCCUGGACCACGUGGAGGCGUCAGGCUCCUCCCGCUCUCCCUGGACCCCCCUCAUGGUGCUGGCGGGUCUGGAGGGCUCCUCGGGGCCCCUGCUCGGCCCCCACCUCCAGAGGCUGGCCGACACCCUGGCCCGGCCCGACGUCUGUCAGGAGUCUCAACAGGUGAGCCCCCCCCGUCCCCCCCCACGCCCUGCCUCGAUCCCAGCGCGGUUGGGGUCAGGCGGUGGUCCGAGUCGACCGUAGCAUCAUUAAGACGGC